GAACGCACCACAACCACAGCAAUCAGCGAUAGUGACAGAGAUAUAGUCGCAAGAAUAGAAGCGAUACCGUUCUGAACCGCAUCGCCACCAAUACUGUAGUUAGUUGCCUUCUAUCACUUAGCAACUAUGCAUAUGCAUACCUGUACCGUGGCUAGCUAGCUAGUAGAUACUGGUAGAUAGACAGCAUAUCAUGAGAUUAGACGUGAGUAGUACGACGGCAACCGCAGUGAUUGCUGUGGCUGUGUCGGCUACCAUUUGGUGGCAACUUGCAAAACAAAAUCAAAAUCAAAAACAAGAGCAAGGAAAACAAAGACAAAAUCACACCGUGGAAAAGCCAGAACCCAAAUCUUCAAAGGCAGCUGAUAUCGAUACCAAAGCUGACCAGGACCUUAAGGUUGAAAACACUGCGCCUGAUCUUGUGCAGCGGAUAUCAGUCAUGGACGAAAGUGGUCAAGAGCAGACAUGGGUUUCCAAGGCCACCAUUACUACAUGUACCCACAGGACCAGCCUCACAAGCACCACAAGCACCACCAGUACCAGUACCACUAUGCAUACCAAGGAGGACCAACCGCCUUCACCGAGAUUGAAGGAAGACGAUGAGAAAAAAGAAGAGGCGGAGCUCCAAGAAGAGUUCAAAAACUUCAAAGCUUCCGAUAUUCCUGACUUUACUAUUCAAUUGGAUGAAUCCGAUGAUGACAUGUUCUAGCUACCGGUAGCUAGCUAAGAAGAGUAGGUACACUAGUACUCAGUACUCAGUAAAAUAUAGAAAGACCUUGCAAUUGCGGCCGAUG